AUGUUCAAACUCAUCGUCUCGUACGUGAGCCAGAUGGAUGAAAAGGAGUCUUUGCUUGAAGCCAGAGAUGAAUCAGGCUACACGCCCUUUCACAAAGCUGUGCUAGUUUGGAGAAGCCAGAACACCCUGAAGAUCCUUGAAGAGAUGGGGGCCAACAUUGAAGCAGUGCAUGGGGAGGGUGAGACCCCACUGCAGACCGCCGUUCGCAACCAGAACGCUGGCUUAGUCUUACAUCUUCUUCGAAGUGGCGCCAAGCCUCAAGUCAAGUCGAAGGAUGGACUGGAUAUCUUAGAGCUUGCUGAGGUCUCCUUCUUGAAGAAGUUCGUCGAACACAGGAAAGCGGGAAAGAACAAAGCUGUGUAUUUGUUAGCCUGCGACAGAGACGACAACUAUUUCCAACGGUCUAGCAGGACCAUGGAGGAGGUUGACAUGGCCAAGAUCGACGUGAUCAAGACACUGCUUCAGUCUUGUUUAUCGGGACGACUCUUCAGUCAUGCGCAAAAUGAGCAGCGCGUCUAG